AUGUCGGGAUUGGAACAUGCGAGACACGACUUGGACGCUGGGAAUGGGAAUGAACGCUACCGAAGACAUUGGUACCAACUCUGGAUGCCAUCAACGCGACCGGCCCCUCCACCUGCGUCUCUUGCCGAUGCCUCAAUGACACCAUUGGCCGGCGCUACGUUCUUUUCUGUGCUGACAUACGCAUGGUUGACGCCAUUAAUGACUCUUGGAUGGCAACGCACACUGCAAGCACCCGACUUGUGGCGUGUGCAAGUUGAGGAGGAAGCAGGUCCGCUCAGUCAAGCAUUGGACGAAGCGUGGGCAAGACGUGUGGAGAAAGCAAAUCUAGACUCUGCAAAAAAGAAAAGGCCAUUUGGUUUGUCAAGUAAGAAUAACAACGGGCCCAGCCUUGCAUUAGCCUUGAACGAUGUCCUUGGUAGACGGUUUUGGGUUGGAGGAGUGUUCAAAGUCAUUGGUGACGUCAGUCAGCUCAUGGCACCUCUAUUGACCAAAGCCAUCAUUCAAUUUGCCCAAGAGCGCUCUCGCGGGGACUCGAAUGCCCCUCACAUAGGCCGAGGUAUUGGUCUCGCUUUCGGUCUACCGCUCUUGACAAUCUGUGCCUCAGUUUGCACCCAUCAAUUCUUUUGGAGAUCCAUGACUACCGGUGUUGCAGCGCGUGCAGCUUUAAUAGCCUCCCUAUAUUCCCGUGGACUGAGAUUUGGCCCUGGGGAGCGGCAGUACGACCUUGUCAAUCACGUUAGCACCGACGUUAGUAGGAUUGGUUUUUGUGCACAAUGGUUCCAUGCUAUAUGGACUGCCCCUAUUCAAAUUUCGAUUUGUCUUAUUUUGCUAUGUCUUCAACUUGGCCCCGCUGCACUGGCGGGCUUCUCCCUAUUUGCCUUCCUCAUCCCAAUUCAAAAGACGUUGAUGUCCUACCAGCUCAGAAUUCGCAAAAAGUCAAUGGUACAUACAGACUCUCGCGCUUCCCUUUUGAGAGAGUUACUUGGUAGCAUGAAGAUUGUCAAGGUAUGCGCAUAUGAGGCGCAAUUCGAGGACCGGCUGGAAAAGACCAGGAAGCAAGAGCUGAGAGCAAUCCGUAGUAUAGUAUUCAUCAAAGCGGCCAACCAGGCGGUCGCUUUUGCAAUCCCAACCCUUGCUGCGGUGCUAUCUUUUGUCACCUAUGCCGCGACACACGACGAAGGACUGGAUCCUGCUGUCAUAUUUCCUUCCAUGGCACUCUUCCAGAUGCUGAGACAACCUCUCAUGUUUCUUCCCCGAGCACUGUCCAGCGCAGUGGAUGCCAAGAAUGCUCUCAGUCGCCUGAAGCCCAUUUUCCUGACCAAGACGAUCGAUACUCAGCUUCACGUCGACUUAAACCAGAAAGAUGCGCUCGUAGUCGAAAACGCCGAGUGGGUUUGGUGCCACCAGCCUGAGACAAAGGGUGCAAAGGGGAAAGAGGAGAAGCAAGACAAGGCCACGAAAGGAAAAGGCCACGAAACCGAUCCUCAGCGAACAACGACAGAUGUAUCUUUCCGAGUUGCCGACAUAUCCUUGAACAUUCCUCGAGGGAGCAUAGUCGGGAUCGCUGGUCCUGUUGGGUCGGGUAAAUCGUCCCUGCUUCUUGGCUUGCUGGGUGAAAUGCCACAGACCCGAGGUCGCGUGAGCUUUGGGGGCAAAACCGCCUACUGUUCUCAAAUGGCAUGGAUCCAAAAUGCGACUUUGAGAGACAAUAUUAUUUUUGGUCGACCGUGGGACGAAGAAAGAUACUGGACGUCUAUUCGGGAUGCGUCGCUGGAGACGGAUUUGGAGCUGCUUCCUGAUGGGGAUUUGACCGAAAUCGGUGAAAAGGGCAUAAAUUUGUCGGGAGGACAAAAACAGCGCGUAAAUAUCGCUCGGGCGUUGUACGACAAUGCAGCAGAAAUAUUCUUGCUCGAUGAUCCGCUAAGUGCUGUCGAUGCUCAUGUCGGUCAUGCACUCUUUCACAACGCUAUCCUCAAUAACCUCAAAGCACGAGGCAAAACGGUCCUACUCGUUACUCAUGCUCUUCAUUUUCUUCCCGCAGUAGAUCACGUCUACACUCUUGAAAGAUUCUUUUCAACAGCGCCCCUGGACCCCGGCGAUUUCUCCAAAAGGGCAGAUUUAUCAGAGGACCAGAUCACCUUGAAUCGCGGUUCUCCUACUCCAACACUAUCCGUGUCUGGCCCCAGUGUUGAAAGUGGCCGGAUCGCUGAGCAGGGUACUUAUGAGCAGCUCUUACGCUCUGGUGGCGCCUUUGCGAAACUCGUGGAAGAUUUUGGGAAUGGGGAGGGGCAUGAGAAUGGCGAUGCGUUGCAUGAAGGCUUGAAGGAGACAGGAAAGGAACCUAAGCCCAAACCCGAAAAGAGCCUCAAGGCUGCCGGAACAGGAAAGUUGGAAGGAAGGUUGAUCAAGGCCGAGAAGCGCACAACUGGAUCUGUAGAGUGGUCUGCCCAGGGCUGCUUUGCGGUAAACAACUAUUGGCUUGUCUGGUGGCAAAAUAACACCUUUAACCAACCCUCCCCGAUCUAUAUGGUCGGAUAUGCCGCUCUUGGACUUGGAUACGCUGUGUUUGCGCUAGUGAUACAAUCGCUAAGUCAAGUAUUUCAUGCUCCAAUGUCAUUCUUUGAUACCACGCCUCUUGGAAGAAUCUUGGGCGUUUUCGGAAAAGAUGUGGAUACUAUGGACAAUGGCCUUUCGGAUUCUAUACGGAUGUUCAUAUUUACGAUCAGUUCGGCCAUAACUAGCGUGGUGAUGAUCACAAUCUUGGAAUACUAUUUCGUUGCACUUGCGGUGUUUAUUCUAAUAUUGUACCAAUACUUUGCUGCAUUCUAUCGAGCUAGCGCUCGGGAGCUCAAGCGCCUUGACUCCAAUCUUCGGAGCCUGCUAUACUCACAUUUCUCCGAAUCCUUGACCGGACUUGCUACAAUCCGCGCGUACGGAGAGGUAAACCACUUUUUGAAGGACAAUACAUACUACAUCGACUUGGAAAAUCGAGCUUUGUUCCUCACCUGCGCGAAUCAACGGUGGCUUGCCAUCCGCUUGGACUUUCUGGGAUCUUUACUCGUUUUCUCUGCUGGAGUAAUGUCCGUAGUAGGCAUCCAUGGAAUAUCGCCAUCAGAGAUUGGACUAGUGCUUUCCACUUUAACUAGCUUGGUCCAAGUAAUGGGGAUGAUGACCAGACAAUCAGCCGAAGUUGAAAACUAUAUGAACUCUGUAGAAAGAAUUUUACAUUACACGAGUAGCGGAGACAUACCCCAAGAGAAACCUUAUCUUGUGAUCGACAGAGCCCCUCCCAAAACAUGGCCAACCCACGGGGAGAUAGAGUUCCGUGAUCUAGUCAUGAGCUAUCGACCAGGCUUGCCACCCGUUUUGCGUGGAGUCUCGCUGCAUGUUCGCGGCGGAGAGAAGAUAGGGGUAGUCGGACGAACGGGUGCAGGGAAGAGUUCGCUGAUGGCAGCCCUUUUCCGCAUUGUCGAGCUAACGUCGGGCUCGAUUCUCAUCGAUGGCCUGGAUAUUGGGGAGAUGGGCUUAAGCUCGGUUCGCUCAAAGAUUGCCAUCAUCCCGCAAGAGGCUGGCAUCUUUUCCGGCAAAUCGCAUUUGCUUGGGCAAUCAAUCUCUGCCCUGAGUCUCGAUUCGCCUAUCACUGCGGAAGGCGCUAAUCUGAGUGUGGGCCAGCGCUCUCUUUUAUCGUUUGCGCGAGCUUUGGUGAAGCAAUCCAGAGUCCUCGUACUGGAUGAGGCUACUGCGAGCGUAGAUCUAGAAACAGACUCGAAAAUACAAGCGACUAUCAAGACAGAGUUCUCCGAUAGAACCAUCCUGUGUAUUGCUCACCGUCUACGUACCAUCAUCAACUAUGACAGGGUAGUUGUCAUGGAUCAAGGGCAAAUAGUUGAAGUUGGGGCUCCGUUGCACUUAUUUUCGAAUGAUAGUGGCAUUUUCAGGAGCAUGUGCGACCAGAGCGGGAUCGAUGCCCAGGAAAUAAUUCGGAGCACGGGGGCCCCUUGA